GGCUAAGUCAUAAGCGACGCGAGGCAACCAACUUAGCAAGGCGUAUCAGCGUGCAGUAAGUGCAAAUUUCGGUAUCCAUAAACUGCCUCGUCUAUAGAUUUUAUGACAUCAAGAUGCAGCGCUCGACUGGGGUUGCCAGUUAACCCAAUCUGCAACUUCCCGCCAAGACUCAAGAGUGGUGCAUUGUUGCUUGCACGCCCUGCCUUGCAUAUCGAGUGCAUUUGACACACAACUUAUAUGUAAAAUUUCUAAUGGAUGAAUCAGACGCUCCCGAUGGGUACCUUCCCGGCACCGUUGCCAAGGCUGACAUUGCAGCGGCCCAGCCUGCGCAAGACGCCCUCGCGCCAUGCAAUCAGCCUCAUGAGCAGCUACAGAUGGCCGUGAAAGAGCCAUGUGGAUCAGGAAAGAUGUCGCAUACGCCUGCCGCGACCACGUCCACGUCAACACCCUGUCCUACCGGCACCGCUGCCCCGCCACGCGCGUCGCCGGGGGCGCGGUCGCCCGGCGCUGCAGGGGACGGAAGGCCUGGCUCAGAGCCUCCUGCCGCCCAUCCACCUGCAGCAGACCGCAGCCCCGACCCCGAGGCCGCCGGGGCACCGCCGCCAGCGGCCCCACGCGACCACAGCGCCGGGCCCGAAGCCGUGCCAUCUGCCUCGGCGCGCAAACGUCGUCGGACCAGCGACCCCAGCAAGGCUGACGCCGCCGAUCACAAGGACAAAGGCCGGCCCGCCAAGCUGCGAUGCGCCGCCAUCUCGUCUGACGCCAGGCGUGAUGUGCCAUCAGGCGGACCUUCAUCAGGACUUGAAGGCACAGUUGCUGCUGUGAGCCUGGCAUGUGGCAGUGCAGGGGAACCACUGGCACAGGUGCGGCCAGGAAAGGGCCGUGGGCGGGGCAGCAGUGGAGGCGGCUGGCAGCCUGUGAACGGUUCAGGGGCGGCGGCAAGGCUGGCGGCAGGGGCGGCAGCAGGCGCGGCGGCGGAGGGGCGGCAGGCGGGCGCCAGCAGCGCGUCAGGCAGCGCUGCUGGGGGCGCUGCAGCUGCAGAGAGGGCGCCUGCAGGCGUGGCAGCCACAGAGGCAGAAUUCCGAAGCGAUGCAACAGAACCAGGGGCUCCUGCUGCUGCAAUCGAGGCGGCGGCAGGGGCGCCGGCACCAGCCAAGGCGGGGGCACCGGCACCAGCCAAGGCAGGGGCACCAGCGUCAGCCAAGGCGGGGGCACCAGCGUCAGCCAAGGCGGGGGCACCGGCGUCAGCCAGGGCAGGGGCACCGGCGUCAGCCAGGGCAGGGGCGCGGGCGUCAGCCAGGGCAGGGGCGCGGGCGGCGGGGCCGCGGCGGGCUGAGGCGCGGGUGCGGCCAGCUGCAGCGGGCGGCAGCGCCGGUGUGGCUGCAGGCACAAGCACUGCUGGUGGCACGCAGGCGACUGCGCCUUCCGCAUCAGGUGGCAGCACCACGAGCACGUCCUCAUCCGGCGCCACCACCACUACCACUGCCAUCACCACUGCAACCGCAACCGCAACCACAACCGCAACCGCCGCCACCCAGGCAACCGCGGCUACGCAGCCGGCCACCCCACACGGGCGGCCCAUGCUGCUGGGGCCGCUGCUGGAGCCCGUGCCGGAUGGAGAGCGGCUGGACCUGGGGCCGUACCGCAUUGGCGAGCGCUUCAUCAUGAACCCUCAGCUGGGCGAGACCCACGGGCCGCUGCGGGUGCUGCACGUGGGCACCGUGCUGACGGAGAAGGCCAUUCUGAAGCACGUUCCCCAUGACUUCCGGUACAGUGACAUGAGCAACCGCUUCAUACCGAGCCUGGCCGAGGAGGACACGUGCCUCAUGCCGCCGCCACCGCCACAGUCUGGUGGCGGCGAAGAGGCUGCAGCCUACUCCAUGCUGCGUGCGGAGUACGACAAGGUGGUGACGGUGGUGACCAAGAUAACCGGAACGCACAGCCGUAGGGGCGACGCACGCCUGCUGACUCCCCUGGUUGGCGUGGGCUUCAUCGAGGUCUGCGGAGUGUGCCCGAGCAUGCCCACACACGAGGACAUCAUCCGGGCGGCUCCGGUGUUCCUGGAUGUGCUGCGCCGCUACAUCAAACGCGUGUCGGACAGGAUCGGCUGCAGCUGCGGCAAGUGCGGUGCGCCAGCUGUCAUUGAGUUCGACAGCAAGACGCCCGCCGCGGCGCUGCUGUACCUCACCAGCACGACCAUCAAGCCCAACCAGACCAUCAACACCAGCAAGGUUAAGUACGGCCUGUGGCCGCGGGAGCAGCUGCCGGCGGCGCUGCGAGACAUCCUGCCGACCAGCACGCAGGUGUGGGUGCUCACGUCCAGCUCCGGCGCGCUGCCGAGCUCCGACAAGCCCGACCGCAGGAAGCACGUCAUUUCUAUCGAGGAGCGGAGGGCGCCGUGGCGGGGGCGCGCCGCGAGCUUGGCGCAAGUGCCCUGGCCACGAAACGUGCAGCCCACGUGCGUGCCGGCGACGGCCCAAUCCGCUGCCAGCAUGGCCGCCAUCCCUGCCGCUGGUGGUGGCGCUGGUGGCAGCGCUGCUGGUGCCGCUGGGGCUGGCGGCGCUGUGGAGCGGGAGGUGGCGGCUCCCGCAGCUGGGGCUGCCACGGGCGCGGCGGGCGCGGCAGGCAGCAGCGUGCCUGCGGCAGCGGCAAGCGGCGGUGCAGGCGCCGCUGCACCUGCUGGGCGCGCGAAUGCAGGGGCAGCAGAGUCCGCGGCGGCGGCUACCUCGGCCGUGCGCCGGCGGGAGGCCGCAGCCGGUGUGGGCCGCAGCCGUGGAAAGCGCCGGGUUGGGACGGAGGAGGGCGAGGGGGAGGCGGCAGAAGGAGCAGCAGGCGCAACAGCGCCCGGCGGUAGCGGCGGGCAGCGCGAAGGAGCCGCCUCCGAAGGCGCGGCAGCAGCUGCGAAGCCAGCGGCGAGGCAGAAGCGGAAAGCCGCAGCGCCUGCGCGCUUACCCCCUUUUGAUGCACGCGAAGACGCGGCUGGUGCGGCUGGAGCAGCUGAGGGAAUGAGGGGAGACUCCGGGUCAGGGGGUGACGCCGCGCCACGUGAGACCGCAACAGGGGAGCCGCCAUCCACCGCCGCCGCUCGCACACGCAGGCGCACGUCCUCAGCUGCAGGGGAGGUGCAGGCGGCGCAAGCGGCGGCACGUGUCGUCGCAACGGCGCCGGAAGCGGCGGCGGUCGCGGCCGCCGGCACCCUUGUCAAGCAGGAGCACACUUUGCAGCAGCAGCUGCAGCAGCAGCUGCUGCAGCCAACAGGGCCGGCGGCGGCUGCAGCAGCGGCGGAAGAGCAGGGUGGGCCCGGCGCAGCAACUGGCAGCGCUGCACCUGUCGCUGCCCAGCUGCUGGGCCAGCAGGCUUUGUUGCAGGGUGCCGCGGUGGCAUCAGAUUGCCCGCAGCAAGUGGAGGUGUUUGCGGCUGGGGAGCGAGCGGGUUGGGAGGCUGCCCUUGCAGCCGUGAUGGCGGCGGCAGAAGUGGCGGAGGUUGCGUUGGGUGCAGAGCGCGGGAGGCUGGCAGCGGCCGAGUCGGAGCUAGCUGCUGCGGCGGCGGCUGCGCAGCGCGCUGGCGAGACAGCGGCGGCCCAGCGGCAGGUGGUGGCGGCGGCGGCGCAGCCAGAGGUGUCAGGGGCCGGGGGUCAGAGCUGUGCGUCAGCUGCUCUGCACGCACUGCAGGCGGCGCGGACAGCUUGUGAUGCCGCAGCGUCGGAGGCGGCUGCGCGGGAGCAGGCUGCAAGGGAGGCAGUGGCGGAGGCACGUGCGGCCGUGGAGAGUGCGCGCGGCAAGGCCGCUGGGCUGGCGGCUAGUGCCGCUGCCCUCCGGCCGCUUACUUCGGGCGCGGGGGUUACAGGCAUAGAUGCGGAUGGGGUGGCGGAGGGCGCCGCGGCGCCUGAUCAGCGGGGGGGCCCGGGGCCGGCUGGUGCGGGGGCCGGGGCGGUGGCUGUUGUGGCGUCUGCGGCUGAUGUGGUUGAUCUGACUGAUGACUGAUGGCUUGCAUAGAUUUCAUCUGUGUCAUGAUGCUAAGCGCUUGCGGAACACACACGUUAUUGGUAGUUGCAUCUCGUGUUUGUCUUUACGCAGAUGGUUGCAUUGAGGUUCUCCCCAUGAUCGUGUCGUGUGCUCAAGGGUGUGGCGCAGUAUUGGCAGGGGAGGCUUUUCAUGCUCAUGGCUUUUGAGUGAUUACCGCACCGUUCAUGCCGUUCAUGUUUUUUUGUUGACUGCAGCGUUACCGGCUUACCGCCCGCACCCCGCCACUGUGCGCAACACUUCCAAUCAUCUUGGAACCCUACGAAGUCUGCAGGCGGAUGGGUGACAGGAGGCUCCGAGCCAGGCCCCGCGUCCCCUGAAGCGCCGGGCGACAACGCAUCCGGUGACGCGCGUGGAGGAGCAGCGGUGCCGGUAGGACAGGGUGUUGAUGUGGACGCGGUCGCGGUAGGCGUAUGCGACAUCUUUCCUGAUCCACAUGGCUCUUUCAAGGCCACCUGCAGCUGCUUAUGAGGCUGAUUGCACGGCGCGAGGGCGUCUCGCGAAGGCUGGACCGCUGCAAUGUCAGCCUUGGCCCCGCCCCGCUGCCGGGAAGGCAUCCGUCGGGAGCGCCCAUCGACAUGCAUAAAUAUGAAGUGUGUGUUGAACACACGCGACAUGCAAGGCAGUGCGUGCAAGCAACAAUGCACCACCUUGGCGGGAAGUUGCAGAUCGGGUUAACUGGCGACCCGAG